AUGAAGUUCACCACUCCUUUCAUUGUUGCUUCUCUACCUUUCAUGGCGCUUGCCAGUCCCACUGCGAAAGGCUUUUCUAUCCCAGUUACCAAGAGGGGAUCCUCCUUCACCCAGGACGGCGUUGUCAACAUGAGGGCUCUCCGUGCCCACCUUAGACAUGUUGCCACCAAAUACGGUGCCGGCCAUGUGAAGAAUACUGGCUCAGUACAUCCUGCCACUCCGAACGGAGUGGCCCACACCUCGAAGAGAAAAACCGGUGUCGAAGCCUUAGCAGACGUCGGACAGCAAGGUUGGUACGGAAACGUCUCGAUUGGAAGCCCUCCUGUCAUUUUUACCACCGUUUUCGACACCGGAAGCAGCGACUUAUUCAUUCCUGAUAUCUCUUGCGAAAAUUGUGGGCAACAUACGCGUUACAACUCUAGCUCGAGCUCUACUUCCCGUGAUGUUGGAAAGAGCUUUAACGUUACUUAUGCCGGCGGUGCUUCCUCCAGCGGUCAGCUAUACACUGACGAUGUCACUGUGGCUGGCCUUAAAGCCAAGGAUCAAACCCUCGGAUCUGCCACCAACUACGCCCCGGUCUUUCAGACUGCAUCGACGGAUGGUUUGUUGGGCCUGGCCCGGCCACUCCUCUCUCGCUACAACGCUACACCUUUCUUCAACACCCUCAUCCAACAGGGAUGCGUUAGACGAAGUGUCUUCGCUUUCCACCUCUCAGAGUGCGGCUCAUCGCUCCGCCUCGGUGGAACCGAUGAAUCGAUAUAUAAGCCACCUCUUACCUUCAACAAUGUGACUAGUCAGCUUUAUUGGCAGGUUAAUCUCGAUGGUGUCAAUGUUGGACGAAACAGGGCAGUCAGCGGUCUAUCGGCCAUUAUUGAUUCAGGGACCACUGUUAUCGCCGGUGAUCCAGACACAGUUGGGCAAUUCUAUCAGGCUAUUAAUGGCAGUGCCAUUUUUAACACCACUGAUGGGUUUACCUUCUACUCUUACCCCUGUAGCCAGGAUCCUCAAGUCUCAUUCACACUCAACAAUGUUUCGUAUUCCAUUGCUUCCCAAUACUUCAACCUCGGUCAAGUCUCCGAAGGGUCAAGCCACUGCCUUGGUUGCAUUGCCGCUCUAGCUGACUUUCCUGUCUGGAUCCUCGGUGAUCGUUUCAUGAUGAACGUUUAUACUGGUGAACGCUCCUUCCAUCCUCCUCCUGAUGAUAUAAGUUGA